AUGAAGCUUGAAAAUGUGAUGCAUGAAUUCAAGGUAGGUCUUAAAAAGAUACGGAAUUUGGGAGCUCGCAGUGAUUUGGAAGCAAACUAUUGGUCGAUUACCACGAAUCGAGCAGUUACGGUUUUGGAGACACCAAGUGGAUUUCCCUUCAAAAUUGAAGAUAAACCAGGGGAACAAACCGUAACAUUGAUUAGAGAAUACAUAGGUGAUUAUAUCAAAGUCAUAGUUCACAUGCCUGAUUUCUCUAUUGACGUUAACAAGGAGGAAAAUGGUGAUGAUUCGGAUGACCAGAAUAACCAAGACAAGGAUAACGUUAAUGAUCCACAGUCCAGCAUACGCUUAGUUGUAACUGAUACGAAUUUUCGCGGGACUACUUUGGAGUAUGGUGUAAUUGCUUAUCCAGAUGAGUUUUCCAUAGAUAGUUUCUGUAUCAAGUAUGCAUAUACUCCAGAUGAAGAAAAUAUAUAUUACAAAGGACUUGAUUAUGCGUAA